GCCUGAGAGAAGGGGUUUCUUCUUGACAAACACCGACCAGAAAAACAUCCGACAUGGGAUCUUUGCAAGUACUUGAAACUUGACAACAUUUACGAAGGACGUCACCAAACACAGAUUUGAGUCUGGCUGUUGUUCUCACAAAGUUUACGGGUUUUACGUGUUUAUGCUGAGGAGUGAAGUUAGAAAGGUUCGAGUUGAAAAUGGAGAGGGCCAGCUGAGUGAUAGUGGGGUGAGGAGGCUGGAUUUGGCAAACUUGGGAGUCCUGCCCUGCCGCUAGCAUGCUAGUUAGCAGGCUUAGCUUCGUCAUCGUUAAUCAGUCCGAAUGAGAGCUUCCAUCUUCACUUCUACAACUUUGUCCAAGGAGAGAUUGAUGGACGCUUUGCAGAAUUUUCCAAUGGAUUCAAUCAAAGCUGACACCUUUACUUCCAAUGGAAAUGCUGAUUGAAGUUUGAUGGUAACUUUUUGCAGUUGUCCUAAAGGCAACUCCACUCAUGUUCUGCUGGAUGCUACUUUGAAGGUAGAUUUUUUUGCCCCGAGCUUCCAUAAUAACCCAUGCCAUUUGAUGCAAGUCAUUCGAAAUAUGAAGCUGUCUGACAUGAGCUUCAGAUGAGGUUUUCAGGCGCACUGACAGGCUGCAGAUAUUUCAACAAAAACAACAACUUGUGACAUGCAGUCGUAGUAACUCAACGGAGAAGACAUACAGCAUGUUUGCAAUAUUGCAGUGAUGAAGACUUGGAAGUUUCACCUUCGACUUUAGUGGAUGGAUUUGGUAUAUUUAAGAACAGCAAUUGCUGAUGCCAGCUGAUUGGGAGUCCACUUCAAUUCAUGAACCCUCUGUCUGAGUCAGGACUCAGCCUGGAUGUUGGAUGCCCUGAAGGUGUCGAGUCCGCGGUGAUGAGGCAGGGUUCCUGAUGGCCUGCAUGGCUGGCUGAGCAGAGGCCCCAAGUUAUGUGAUGGGGUGCAGGAACAGUAAGGUCCUCCCUGAGCCUCCAGGGGAUGUUCAGUUGGACCUGGUAAAAAAGGUGGAUCCGCCCCCUCAAACAGAUGUCUAUAAGCACUUCAUUCGAGGUGAUGGCACUUUUAGCAUGAUGGGUGAGGCCGGUGGAGGGAGAGUGGACAAGGCAAGCGCCCCCUCCCCGUCGCUUACUCAGGCACAAGCUGCCACUCCCGUUGCCUCCAGCCAGCACCCUAAAAACCCAUCAGAGGUGCCAGACACCCAGCGAAAAAAAGUGGCCAAAUAUCGAGCUAAAUUUGACCCACGGGUCACGGCCAAGUAUGACAUCAAAGCACUGAUAGGUCGAGGGAGUUUUAGCCGCGUUGUCCGUGUGGAACACAAGAGUACUCGACAGCCAUAUGCCAUAAAGAUGAUCGAGACACGGUACAGAGAGGGCAGGGAGGUUUGUGAGUCCGAGCUGUGCGUUCUUCGACGGGUUCGCCACACCAAUAUAAUCCAGCUCAUGGAAGUCUUUGAGACGGCUGAGCGUGUUUACAUGGUGAUGGAGCUGGCUACUGGAGGAGAACUCUUUGACCGCAUUAUUGCUCGCGGCUCGUUCACGGAGCGAGAUGCCACCCGGGUGCUGCAGAUGGUGCUGGAUGGUGUCAAGUAUCUUCAUACUUUGGGGAUCACGCACCGAGACCUGAAGCCUGAGAACCUGUUGUACUACCACCCGGGAGCUGACUCAAAGAUCAUCAUCACUGACUUUGGUUUGGCCAGCAGCAGGAAGAAGGGAGACGAGUGUCUGAUGAAGACUACCUGCGGCACACCUGAGUACAUUGCCCCAGAGAUCCUGGUGAGGAAACCCUAUACGAAUGCCGUCGACAUGUGGGCAUUGGGAGUGAUCUCAUACAUUCUGCUGAGCGGAACCAUGCCAUUUGAGAAUGACAACCGCAUGAGGCUCUACCGGCAGAUCCUCAAGGGGAAGUACAGCUUUUCUGGAGAGCCAUGGCCCAGUGUGUCCAACCUUGCCAAAGACUUUGUGGAGCGGAUUCUAACAGUGGAUCCUAGCGAGCGGUUGACUGCCGGCCAGGCUCUCAAGCAUCCCUGGAUCAUCAGCAUGGCCGCUGCUUCCUCAAUGAAGAACCUACAACGCUGUAUAUCACAGAACCUGCUGAAGCGGGCAUCAUCUCGCUGCCACAGCACCAAGUCGGCCCAGUCCACACACUCUAGUCGCUCAACCAAAUCCAACAAAGCUCGGCGCGUUCGGGAAAAGGAGCUGCGCGAGUUGAACCGACGUUAUCAGCAGCAAUACAAUGGCUGAAGCAGAACUUGGGGAGACUGAAAAAGUCCAUAAGAGCUUCCUGCUCCCUAAAACUAAACUCAUAAAGCAACCCGAUGUGUCAAAUCCUUGACAACCAACAAAAAAUUUGUGGAUGCUUUGAGAAAGUAACAGCUGCCAGUGAGAAUAAAUAAAAAUGAUAAUACCUGAACUUUCAAGGACAAACUUUGCAUACCCUAUUGUUCUACGAUAAGGACAGACAGGUAGUUGUUUUACCACAAUAUCAUCUCUUCAUCCAUCCACCCUUCUUUCUCUUUAACAGGGUGAAGGACUCUAUGUUUUCCUUUUGUUUUCAAUCCCUGUGCCUUGAUAUGUAUUUAUUUAUUAACGUGGACAAUCUUCAUUCAGUUGGUCACUGGAUAAUGACCAUCUACGAGGUUCUGUUGAACAGAGUUCUGGGUAAUGAAGUUACUUAAGAGCAGGGCAAUCCCUCUCAAGCUCUCUUGGUUGGUGACAAUUGCUGUGAAUUAUUGUACUAAGUGUCUUAGAGUGUAGCUGAUGGAGCAAUACCCUGCAGCAACCUUGAAAGGCCAAAAUGAAGUGAUGUUUUGUUCUAUGUCUAAGCUUAUAUCAUCUUGCCAUAAUUGCUUUGUUAGUAUUAUUUUCUGCCCAAAGAUUGUGAAUCUUUGCUGUGUCAGUUCUGUAGAAAUAAGACACACAGUCCUGCUCCCAGUGCAUUUCAUUGUAGAGUAGAUAUCACAAUUCAAAUUGCUGCUAUGAGCACUGUGAUUUAUUUGGCUUCUAGCGUUAUAUGUGUCCAUUUAAGCACCUGCUGUCUGUUUCAAAAGCAAGAAAAACAAAUCAUGUAAUUUGAUUAGUUAUAGCAAAACAAAGACCGCUGGAAAUCAGCUACACAGGGCCAGACUGAUUUUGGAUUUUCUUUUAAAUGUAAACGUGUAAUACGGUAAUGCAAUUUUUUGCCAAGUAGCAAAGGUUUGAAAUUGAUAUACUAGUUAUUUAACUUUGGUAACAGCCAAAGUUAGACCACUUUGUUCAAACGAGCUAAUUUUAUGCCACAGUAAUGUUCCCAUUCCUAAACCAUAUCUGGAUUAAUCUCAUAAGGUCAUCAUUUUACAAGUUUUACUUUUACUUGAGGAAGAAUUAACACAUCACACUUCAUGAAGGAUCUACCCGUAGCAAGUGUUAGAGAAUCCACAAGUCCAGUCUGUUUUCUCAUUUGGAAGACAUUUUAAAUUGAAUGCCACUUUGAUGGUACCAUGGUGACGUGCUGUUCACACAUCUGCCUCUCAGAUAGGACGCGUGCUUUUACUCUGGAUACUCUAAAUUGCCCUAAGGUAUGAAAGUGAGUGUGUACGAUUCCCUGUCAAUUUAUGCCCUGUAAUUGACUGGGUGCAGUGUGUAGCCCACCAAAGUCAGCUGGGAUAGGCACCAGCCCACCCGAGACCCUGAGCAGGUUAUGAAGUUUAGAAAAUGAAUGCCUCUGUGACUUGACAAUGACAUUACAAGGUAGCACAUGCAACUAUGCAUCCUUAUAUGCAAAUUUAAUUGAAGGUGAGAAUAGUACAUUUUAGCUUCAUUUGCACUUUUUCUGAAAAAAGCAAGUUUUAUCCAAGUCCCCAGUACUUUCAAUUUUAAUCUUACAUAGACACCAUUAUAUUUUCUAACCAGAAACCUAAAGACAAAGUAUUGUUGCAACCUGUUUUUCCAUCAAUAAACUGUUUGACUUUAGGAUAUUUACAGUGCGGUCCGAAACUUUCACAGUUAAGAUAUAAAUGUUAUGUUAAUUUGUGUACACUAAUUUGGCAAAGCACUUCAUGUAGAAAGAUGGAUUUUAUUUAUUUUACUUUUUACAAUCACAGAUAAUUGUUCAUGGAAGUUUGUGUUUGUGACUUGAUGCUCCAGAACAAGUGAGUUAGUUGUCCCGAUUCUUUUAACAAGAAUGUUGCUGUGCUGUACCAAGACAAACAAAGGCUGUUGUGAACUUUUUAACAAAUACUGGAAACUUAACUGAGCCAUUUUAGCUAACCUCAGUGUUUCUAUAAAGAUUCUGAUUAUAUUGCUGUUGUUGCAUCUUCCUCAUACACAAUGUUUUUCUGCCCUGGAAAAUGUAUUUACAUUCCUGGCAGUGCCGCCGUAAGUUAGGGCGGCUCUAAGGGCCCCAGACUGACAGAGGCCCCAAAAAAUAGAGAUGUGACAUCAGCUGCCCUUGGGGGCUCAUUGUGAUUCUUUUCUCAUGAGGCCCAGAAUUCCUUGUGGCGCCCCUGGGUCCUGGUUGUGCUUGUUCUGUCUUUUUUCCCACCUGUUUUAUAAAUUGCCUUUAUAUAAUAUAUAUAAGGAAUAAAUUGGUUGUAUAUGAGAAACAGUAAUUGAGGCUAAUAUUGGACCAGAUAAUCUAUGCACCCUGUUGACUCACAAACACUUGUUACAGAAAGUGCCUUGUUUAGUAUUGGAUGCUGCGUGUUUUCAUAGAGUAUCCCCCACAAAAUGUGCCUCUAAUAUUCCUUUAAUGUUUCCAGAUUGAUUUAUCCUAGAAUAUAGCAAUUUGCAGCUACAAAUCAUUUGAAGUGUUGAGUUAUCCAUGUGAAUCGAACACCUGAGAAACCAUUCUGUGCUGUUUUAAUGAAUAAUCAAAUAAAUUCCUUCGAAGUUUUGCAGAACGUCAGCACCACAGUGCUUUCAUUCCUGUUUUUAUACACCCAUGUAAUUAUAUGUAAAUGAUGUUGACCUAAAUGAAGUAAACAGCAGUUACCCAAGAGUGCUAAUUUUUUGAUAUUAUAUAUAAAUAAAUGAUACCUUGUUGAUUCUUCUAUUAUUAUUGUGCUUAUUUGUCAUAAAGAAUGUGUUGUACCGUGCCAAUAAAAAC